AUUUAAAAUCAUUUUCCCAUCCCACGCAAAAAUUAAUCAACCAUAUUUACAAACAUGAAUAUUUGGCCAUCCGAAAUUCACUGAAGCGUAAACAUUUUAAAUGCAAGUAGAAUUUGGUUUAUUUAUAAACCGGUUUGUAGCGGCUUUGUUCCGGCGCCCGUUCGAGUAAAUCAAAAUGAAGAAAACGCUUGUUUCCCUCAAAAUCCUGCAGUCCUUUUUAAUCUCAGCUGAUACUGAGCACACUCGCAUUAAUCACUUGAAUUCAAAUGCUUGAUAACCGGUUAGUUGACCUGGAUUUCGAUAGUCGGCUCGAUUUCGCGUCGGAAACGCCUGUUGUUUUUUCGAAAAAUGCUCCAACUAGUUCCUCGCUUGGCAUUAAAAUCGGGUGCUCGUUUGUUUUCGCGAAGAAAUCACUUCCUUGAGGUGAGUGAUGAGGUGACUGAGGCAUUGAGGCUCAACAGGCCGGUGGUUGCGCUGGAAUCGACAAUUAUCACUCAUGGGAUGCCGUUUCCUCAAAAUGUUGAGUGCGCUUUGGAGGUGGAGGAGGCGGUUCGAAGCCAGAAUGCGGUUCCAGCAACAAUCGCCCUAGUAAAUGGAGCUGUUAAAGUGGGUCUAUGUAAGAGGGAAAUUGAGAUUUUGGGCGACACGAAGAUUAGCCGCCCAGUGAAAACCUCCCGCAGAGAUUUUCCGUAUGUUCUGAGCAAUAAACUCAACGGCGGCACCACCGUGGCUGGCACCCUGGUUGUUUGCAACCAGGUUGGUAUACGAAUUUUUGCAACUGGAGGGAUUGGUGGUGUCCAUCGCGGAGCAAGCGAAACGUUUGAUAUUUCCGCUGAUUUAACUGAAUUGGGACGUUGUAAUGUUGCGGUUGUUUCCAGCGGCGUUAAAUCGAUCUUGGACAUAGCGAAGACGCUGGAAUACUUGGAAACACAGGGGGUUUUGGUUGCAACCCUUGGCCCAACCGCAGCGUUUCCAGCUUUCUACAGUCGCUUGAGCGCUCACAAAGCCCCAUACUGUGUUGAAACUGCUUCGGCUGCAGCCGAAAUCAUCAAAGCUCACAAAGACAUGCACCUUGAAUCAGGCUUGUUGUUUGGAGUGCCUGUUCCAGAGCCUUAUGCUUUUGAUCCAGAAUCAAUUAACCGAAUUAUCGACGACGCAUUAGUGGAAGCCCAUAAGGCAGGCAUAAGUGGUAAAAACAUCACGCCCUUUCUUUUGGAGCAGAUCGCUGGGAUGUCGGGGGGCAGCUCGUUGAAAACUAAUAUUGCGCUAAUAAAGAACAACGCAAAAACUGCAGCAGAGAUUGCCGUCUGUUUAGCGCAUCUGGAAAGAAACGAAGAAGACACCAAACCAGAGGAGAAGCUGCCCUCGAGCAAACGGCCCGUUAUUAUUGGAGGAUGCAACUUGGACUGCGUGGUUCAUCUGGAAUCCGACGAACUAAAGGUAAGCAACUUUUCAAUUGCAACCGGUUUGGACGCAAAGAAUUUUUGAACAACGGCGUGUGCGUUUAGCUGCCAAACUCCUCGCAAGUCUCACCUUGAGUAAUUGUCAUACUUAAGCCCAUACCUCCAGGAAAAUAAAAUUUUGAGGAAAUAUAGAGUGCAGUUUGG